CUCAGCUGCGGCCGGGCGGCUGCGCUCCCGCCGUUUGGCCGCUCUUCCUCGCCCGCAAUAUGCCUCCGCUGCUCUCCGGCUACCCGCCAUGCCUGGGAUUCGCGGGCGUCCGCCGACCUCCUCGCUGCUGGGAUUGGCCGCCGCGACGUUUUUCCUCCUCUUGCUGCUGAAGAGCCGCCCGGGCUUCGCGGCCGCCACCAGCGCCGUCGGCUUAACCAGGCGUCCCCAGCAGCGGCCCGGCUUAUCGACACCGCCUUCCUCCAUGGCUGCUCCAGGACCUAUGUUUACCCUAAAAGUGCAAGUUAAUGAUAUAAUCAGUCAUCAGUACCUACACCACGCUGUUGUAGACAUUUUUGUCAACUAUACUAAAACAAAUUCUACUCUAACUGGAAAGAAUGGAGCAGUACUGAUACAGGUUCCCUAUCAGCUAGGCCUGAGUUUAACCAUAGUUUCUUAUAAAGAUGGUUACAUGUUAACACCUUUACCUUGGAAAACUGGGAGAAUGCCAAUAUAUUCAUCUGUUACACUUUCAUUGUUCCCCCAAAGCCAAGCAAAUAUAUGGUUAUUUGAUGAUACAGUUUUAAUCACUGGGAAAUUAUCUGAGGCAAAAUCUCAGCCAAGUGUUCAGUUUCCAAAAUAUUUAAUUAAACUUCCUGUAAACCACCAUAUUACUAAUGUAACAGCGUAUCUUACAGUGCCACAACAGUUUUUAAAAGUGGAGCAUUUCUUCUAUACAACAGGAAUUCUUUUAAAUAAAUCAGGUUUCAAAAGUAUUGAACUGACUCCCCUUGCUGCAAUUUGUGUAAACGUAUUUUCGAGUGGGAAAGAACUGCAGGUAGAUGGCUCCAUUCAGAUCACCUUACCUCUUCUGCCUACAAGUGCGGUAAAAGCAGGAGAACCUAUCUCAGCCUGGACUUUCGAUAUGAAAACAGGUGCUUGGAUUAAUCGUGGCUUGGGAAUGGUAAAGAACAUGGACGAUCACUUAGUAUGGACGUAUACUGCUCCAAGUCUGGGAUAUUGGAUAGCAGCCCCAUUGUCUGGAACUAGAGAUUCCAUUAUUACAACAGUUACUAAAGAUAUCACUGCCUACCACACAGUAUUCCUCACGGCAAUAUUAGGAGGCACCAUCACUAUCAUUGCUGGGUUCUUUGCACUUCUGCUUUGCUACUGCAGGGAUAAAUGUGGUCGUCCAAAAAAGAGAAAGAAAAGUCCAACUAAACUAGACAUUUUAAAAAAAGACCAAACAACUUCAACAACUCACAUAAAUCAUAUUGGUGCAGCCAAAGAAUCUUUGAAGCCAGAGGACAAAUCUAGGUUGUAUUCACCCAGAGUGGCAUUUUAUAGCCCCCAGAGACGGGUUUCAGCUGAAGGUGAGGAAAGGCAAGUCCAGGACAAUUUUAAAGUUUACACAGAAGGUACUCCAUACCAAUUCUCUGGUAAAAAUCUCCAGUGUAGGAGCUCACCCCAGUCCUUGGAAGCCAAAACAGAAUUGAGACAUCUUCCACCAGUUAAACAUCUCAACGGAAGUCUUCCUCCUUCCCAAAAUGUACAAGAACAGAAUCAGUAUCUCCCAACGACUGAGGAAAUCUAUGGACUCUCUUCCCUCCCAGAACAAUUAAUGCAUCUCUAUAGCCAGCCUGGUGCUAUGCUUCAAACAUCUGAGUUAUUUCACUCCCAGGAGCAAUUGCAUGCUACAAAGUCAGCUACGUUACCAAGAAAAGGACAGUUAGUCUACACCCCUGUGAUGGAGAGUAUGAAUCACGAAAAUUAUACACAGACAUUGCCCAAAAUGCCAAUGUUCGCUCACUUGCAGGAACCAACAUCCAGAGAUGAAACAGUUGCUAUAGAUAGGCAACAAGGCUUGUCUCCUCAGACUGCCAACUGGGGCCGCUACACAAGUAGCUUGCUGGAGUCGGUUUCUGUCCCCGGAACGUUAAAUGAAGCAGUGGUGAUGACACCAUUUUCAUCAGAACUUCAGGGCAUUUCAGAGCAAACCUUACUGGAGCUUUCAAAAGGAAAACAGUGUCCAAAUCCAAGAGCAUGGUUUGUGUCACUGGAUGGCAAACCAAUAGCUCAAGUGAGGCAUUCAUUCAUUGAUCUCAAGAAGGGCAGGAAGACUGAGAGCAACGAUACUAGCUUAGACUCAGGUGUGGACAUGAAUGAGCAUAAUCCAAGUCGAAAAUUGGAGAGGGAGAAAACCUUUAUUAAAAGCACUCAGCAUUCUAAGAUACUUUACCUAGAAGACUUGGAUCUGAAUACCAGUGAAUGUGGGACCAUGGUUUCAACCCCGGAGGAUCAAGCUGUGAAGCAUGUUCCAGAAGGAAGUAAUGACCCCAUCAUAGAGCAAGAGUCCCCGGAAGAGAUGCCUAGAAGAAAAAGCAUAGCAAAAAACCAUGAGGCUAGCCCUCCCCCUGGGAAGAAACAGGGAAGACCACGUCUAACUAAGACAGAAGGCAAAACAAACAUCUGGAAAAAGAGAGAUGAGAGACCACUCAUUCCAAAAAAUUAACAUUACAGUAAUGUUUAUCUUCUGGUUGUUUCAUGUCCUGUAGACUUUACCUCUUCUCUAUCAUUUUAUUUGUAAAUUUGCAUUGGUCAUUUUCAGUGGGGCAGUGAGAUGUAGGUGACAUUGCUUUUUUAAGACACAGAGCAGAUUACACCUUCCUAAGGAGUAUUGUUUUCUGAAAACCAGUUCAUCUUGCUUUCAAUUUCAGGACGUUUGUAAAACUAUACCUGAAAGAUUAUUCUGUGGUAUAUCUGCAAGGACAUAUAUGCAUUGUCUCAAAGACACCAGUAUGGAAUCUCAUUUACUUGCUUUGAACUGGUUAGACAACUGGCAAGGAAGAAGUUUUGUUGAUACCAAAUUGCGUUGGUUUAGGAAAAAAACAUACAUAGAUAACAAGUGUUUGUUAUUUUUGCAACUAGUGUCUGAUAAUGGACAUUGUCAUAAUAUGGUUUGAUAUUGUGUAGUAUGCUAUUUUUCCUUGAAAUGCUGAUAGGAGAUCUUGUAUUUCAUAUCUAAUGUAACAUCCUGCCUCACUAUAAUUCCUAUAUAGCCUUUUCUGGUGGGGGAGGAAAAAUUAGGGACUUGUUAUCCAGAAGGUAUUUCUAGUCUGAAGACUUAUGCCAUUCCAAUUUGUAUUGAGCCAAAUUGUGCUCCAUUUUUAGGAUAGUGGAUUUAUAUUAUUGUAAUAAAGGCAGAGUUUGGCCCCUUAUGCCCACAAUGUGUGCCAUUGUAAACAUGGCCAAAAAGAUGCCUUUUUAGAUAUUUCCACCAAAAACAGCAUUCUGUACUAGCCUUAAAAAGACAAAAGAGAUGUGGUAUAAAGCAAUUGGAUAAUGUGCCUCCCUUUUCAGCUAGCUUUGUCAUAAGUCUUGAAAGUCAAUUGUUGCUUAUGAGCUGUUGAAAUCAUUUGGAGUUAAAUUUAGCCAUAACUAUAAUUAGUUAAUGAAAAAAUUGGGAUGGUGGGACUACUUUGUUAUACCCAAAAUUUCUAAUCUGAUAAUAAAUCUUUAAGGCAGACAAAAUAAAGGGGAACACCAUAGUUUGAUAGUAUGCAAAAUGGAAGAUUUUGGAAAGUUCCCUGGGGAAGGAUUCCAGUAUGUAUAGAUAACCCUUUCUGAAUGAAAGUUAUGGAUUUAGGAAUUACAUGGAGUCCUCUGAAAUAAACAUUUCAGCCCUUAAUAUAGUUACUUGAGAUUGUUGAUUUCAGUGGAACUU